UCCCUGAGAGACGAUACCCGGACUUCCCGGUUUUACUACGAGAUAGGAUUGAGGCAUUACUCUUUUGCCCUACCUUAUUUUUAUUGAUUUUUGUGAGUGAACUAUUUUGAUCUGUGUGCUAGUGUGCAUGUGAAUUUUCAAGUUUAUCCUCUCUGUGCAUGCCUAGGAUGACAAUCGGCAAUUUACUGCCACUAGAUACGAGAUCGAAAAGACUUGCCGACAGAAGAGGAAGCAAGUCAAGUUAGGGAAGAAGCCAACCAAAACUCCUAGGCCUUCCCUAACCACGAAUUGUCAACAGAGAGGUCAGGUUUCACCACUUGUCGCCACCGAUGCGACCGCCACCACUGCGCGACCUCGAGCCUGUCAUCAUGGCAGAGGAUCAUUCGAUCAGGGCUCGCUUGAAUCGGAGGACUGGAGCCCGACCUUCAUGUGUUGUAAUUCCGGCUGGGGAUGCAACAAUGGAGAUUACCCCAUCAUUCAUCAACAUGAUCACCAAUGGGUAUACUUUCUCCGGGGCUAGCAAUGAGAAUCCUCAUGAACAUCUUCGCCAGUUCGUGAGCAUAUGUGAUACGAUGAAGAGCCCAACUGUGUCUGAUGAUGCAAUCCGUCUUCAGAUGUUCUCAUUUUCCCUAAUAGGGAAUGCAUCAAACUGGUUCCAGAACUUAACACCCUGUUCCAUCACGACAUGGGCUAAGCUUGAAAAGACCUUUCUAGAUAAGUACUUUCCUCCUGCCAAGGCAAUGAAGAGGCAAUAGGAAAUUGUUACUUUUAAAUAAGCUGAAGAUGAGAGUCUGACCGAGGCAUGAGAGCUCUAUAAGGGGAUUUUGAUGAGAUGCCCAAGUCAUGGUCUUGAAGACUGGAGCGUGAUCAUUAUUUUCGUCAAUGGAAUAAGAAGGGAGUUUCGGGAUGCCCUUAAUAAUGCUUCGCGGAAUGGUUUCACAAGCAUAGAGACACCAGCAUCAUAUGAUCUAUUAGAGAAGAUAUGUUCAGAAGCCCCUCAAUGGGGUAGUGAGAGUAGUAUUCGAAGAAGAGGAGGCUUUCAUGAGGUUGAUAGAGCUACAAGUCUAGAAGCCAAGAUCAAUGCCAAGCUGGAUUCUAAGUUCAAUGCACUCGAACGAAGGUUGGCCAAGAUUUCUCUGGGUAGACAAGAGGAGGUUGCUUUUUGUGAAUUGUGUGAAGGUGCUCAUCAUAAAGAUAUGUGUUCACUAGGAACUGCUCAGCUGGAAGAUGUCCAGUAUAUCAAUAAUCCGUGAAGUCAAGG